AUGAGCGACGGCGUCUACCCCACGACGGGAUGGACGAGCAACUUGGCUCGGCUGCCGCGAAUCUCGUCUCCGGACCUUGCCCGCCUGGCGUCCUGCUCGGGAACCGAGAAGGGAGCUCGCCGGAGCUACAAGUUAGUUACGGAGAGCUACGUCGUUGCGUCGACGGUAUGCGCCAACUACGACGAAGAAAUGGCCUCCAGAUUCUUCUUGAGAGCCAGAUGCUUCAGGAGCCACAAGAAAACUCAGCCACCCUACACCGUGAGCGCCACCAUCACCAAGGACGGUGAACUUGUUAACGGAUAUUGCGAGUGCCCAGCUGGGAAGCAAGCCUGCAGCCACCUCCAGGCCGUCCUGAAGACGGUUAUUUUGAUCCAAGGCAAGGGAUUCACCGAGGCCCCAGCACAUCUGUCAUGCACAGAUCUGCCACAGCGUUGGAGAAGACCGAGGGGCCAGGUCAUCAAGGGUUCAAGUGUGCAGGGUGUUGACUGGCGGAGGGUGGGCAAAGGACGACAAGACUUGCCGCGCUCAUGUCGGCUGGACCUCAGCAAGGCUAAGGAGCGUACUAUCAGUCAAAAGAAAAGCGCCGCGCUCCAAUUCGCAAGCAGUUUGCAGCAGCUAGACGGGAUGACCUCCUUGGUAGCAGUGUUGGGAGCUGCAGAUCGAGCACAAGUGUGCAGCUCCAAGUGCGGCGAUGUGCUUGCUUGCUCUCCACUCGCCUACCAGCAGCCACUUGUCCCAUUUGGAUUUUGCAUCUUGUUGUGCGAGGAGCUGGAGGCACCUGGCCAUCUGAACAUCGGGCGGCCACUAGAAGAAAUGGUGCCUUUUCUUGAAAGCGACGAGUGGACUGUUCCGGAUGGUGUCAGCACGAAGGCAAGGCUUCUGUUAGAGAAAAUAACACUGACGCCACUUGAAGCACAGGACCUUGAGAAGAACUCGCGGAGGCAGCGCGACAGUGCUACCUGGCUUCAGGCAAGGCAGUACCGCCUGACUGCAUCGAACUUUGGCACCGUACAUCGUCACGGCGAGUGGACAGAGAAGGGACUGGCAAACCUGACCUCAACAAAGGAUUUGUCCAGGGUUCCUGCCAUCCGGUAUGGGAUUGUCAACGAGCCUAAAGCACUGCAACGCUACGAGGACGUUUUAAAGAGCAGGGGCCGAGACGUCCAUCUGUCGAGUGCGGGGCUGUUCGUGGAUCCUGAUCAACCAUGGCUCGGAGCAACUCCAGAUGCAAUUGUGUAUGACGCGACGGAACAACCACCAUGGGGAUGUGUAGAAGUAAAGUGCCUCUACACCUUGAGGAAUGCAGAUCGCGACACACUGCUCGCAAGUAACAUUAGUGUUGCUUUUGACAGCUCUAACCGUCCGCAUCUCAAGACAGAGCACCCCCACUUUGCUCAAGUGGUAGGACAGAUGGGGGUAACAAACCUCAAGUGGGCAGACUAUGUUCUUUAUGGGAUCAACUUCCUAACCAUUCAGAGGAUCAGGUUUGACAAGAAUAUUUGGGAGGACAUAAAAGAGAGCUUAGACAACUUUUAUUUCACUACUCUUCUGCCAUACUUUGCAGCAAAGUCGUAAAGAGAAGCUGGUAAAAUUUACCGGGCCCCCUUAAAGGUGCACUGAAGUCAUUUUUAAAGAAGGUAAUUUUUUUUUGUUAUAUAGUUUACAAGGUGUUAGCUACUUUAUAUAUCAAGUUCUAGUAUACAAAACUGCGGUCCACAUUCUCUGGCCCAAGGAAAGUCGUACAAUAAGCAUAGAUCCUAAGCAAUUUUAUUAUAACUCGUUUU